GGCGUGGCAGGUACCCACCUACUGAUCAGCCACAUCCAGAGCCCAGAGAGCUGAUCCCUACAGCAGCACCAUGGAGUUUGAUCGCUGGAAAGACUACCUGCAGCUGGGCUUACUGGUCCAGAGGAUGGCACGGAUAUGGGGGAGGCACAGCUGGCAACCAGAUGAAGAGGAUGCCAGCCUGCCAGCCAAGGAGGUGCCAAAUGAGACUGGAAAUGCCACUCCCCAACCACUUUUACCCAGAAAGCUCAUUUACGUUCCUAUGCUUUACUGCCCAACAGCGGGGGACACCAGUUUACUCAAUCAUAAGAUGGACAAUGGGAUGGGGAACUAUACCCCUAAACAACUUGCACCCCGAAACCCCUUUCUCAUCCCUGCAACUAAUAUUCCAGUUGAGAUGGACAACACCUUGCAGAUCCAACAGCUGGCAGCUGAGAUGGGGCAGUACCUCCCUAUACCCCAGUUGGCUGGAAGCCUUAACAACCACCCUGCUCGUGAGAGCCAAGCUGAAAAGGGCAUCAGCCUCCCAGUACAGGAAAGGGCAAAUGAGACUGGGACUUCCAUACCACCUUCAGCCAGUAGCCACUUUUCUAAUGCCAGUCCACAUGGAGAGGACAGCAAUGGAGGUGACAACCCAGACCUGCAGUGCGGGGUUUGCCCCGAAGAGCAAAAUGCAACUGGGAAGUUCUGCAAAUUCUGCAAGCACAACGGGGAGUCCAGCAGAGUGUACAGCACCCACACUUUGAGGAAUUCCAACGGCAUUAUCAUCUGCCCCGUCCUUCGAAAAUACACUUGCCCCUUGUGUGGGGCAACGGGGGCCCUCUCCCACACCCGCAAGUAUUGUCCCUUCAAUGAUGACAAAAGCUGCCUUUACAACAAGAGCGGGCGCAACUCUGCCGGUCACCUAGUGAGGCGCUAGUUUAAAGGAAAAAUUUAAAAUUACCCUUAUUACCUUGUGUUCGGAUGUUGAUUAACCACAACCCAUUUAUAUUGUUCGUUAGCAGAGAGAGUUAUCCUAUGGUGGGAUAUUCAGGAUAGUGGGAUGGGGGGCACAAGCAAUAUCUAACCUGGUACUCAUUAUUCUUCUUCUUGCCUCUUGCCCACCACGAGGUUCCAGGCGACCCCACUGUUACCCCACCGAUACAGUCUGUAUAUCCUUCUGUUCCACCUUUUAUUUCUACUUAUUGUCUUUACAUUAAAGGUUAAUUUGUGUGAG